ACGUGCCGGGCGCCCUGAAGGAGAAGGGGUCACGGUGGCCCCGCUCGCCCGAUGCGGAAGAUGCUGGCCGCCCUCAGCCGCCUCCUGCCCGGCCUGGCCCAGAGACCGGCCGGAAGAGUGCUGGUAGCAUCUCGAAACUUCGCCAACGAUGCCACGUUUGAUAUCAAGAAAUGUGAUCUUCAUCGCUUGGAAGAGGGCCCUCCGGUCACCACGGUGCUCACCAGAGAGGAGGGGCUCAAAUACUACAGGACAAUGCAGACCAUCCGUCGGAUGGAAUUAAAGGCAGACCAGUUGUAUAAGCAGAAGAUCAUCCGUGGCUUCUGUCACCUGUAUGACGGACAGGAAGCAUGCUGUGUUGGGCUCGAGGCGGGGAUCAACCCCUCAGACCAUGUGAUCACAGCCUAUCGGGCGCAUGGAUACACGUACACACGUGGGCUGGCUGUCCGGGAGAUCCUGGCCGAGUUGACAGGUCGAAAAGGCGGCUGUGCUAAAGGGAAAGGAGGAUCGAUGCACAUGUAUGCCAAUAAUUUUUAUGGCGGGAAUGGCAUCGUCGGAGCUCAGGUGCCUCUGGGGGCUGGUAUUGCCCUGGCCUGUAAAUAUAAUGGCAAAGAUGAGGUCUGUUUGACUCUCUAUGGAGAUGGUGCUGCUAAUCAGGGUCAAAUAUUUGAAGCCUACAAUAUGGCAGCUCUAUGGAAGCUGCCAUGCAUUUUCAUCUGCGAGAAUAACCGUUACGGAAUGGGCACGUCGGUUGAGAGAGCUGCAGCCAGUACCGACUAUUACAAAAGAGGAGAUUACAUUCCGGGGAUAAGGGUGGAUGGUAUGGAUAUUCUCUGUGUCCGUGAAGCAACAAAGUUUGCUGCUGCCCACUGUAGAUCUGGAAAGGGGCCUAUGUUGAUGGAACUUCAGACCUAUCGUUACCAUGGACACAGUAUGAGUGACCCUGGAGUCAGUUACCGCACUAGGGAAGAAAUUCAAGAAGUGCGGAGUAAGAGCGAUCCUAUUACACUCCUGAAGGAUAGGAUGGUCAACAACAACCUCACUACUGUUGAAGAGCUGAAGGAGAUUGACGUUGAAGUAAGGAAGGAGAUAGAGGACGCGGCCCAGUUUGCCACCACGGAUCCCGAGCCGCCCCUGGAAGAACUGGGCUACCACAUCUACUCCCGCGAGCCGCCUUUUGAAGUUCGUGGCCCGAACCAGUGGAUCAAGUACAAAUCCGUAAGCUAGACGCAGACCCUCCGCGCAGUAAGGCCGAGCUGGGACGCUCGGUUAACUUCCGCAGACUGAAUGUGUAAAAUGCCCUCCACUCCUGUUUAGCGGGGAAUAAAACUGGGAAAGGGAAAGUGUGUCGGCUGUCAGAGAACUGAAUAAAUACUUUGCUGCAUUCAAAA